AUGUCACCACCAACCGACCGGAAAAGUAUAUUACAAAACCUCCGCUCGCAGAUCGACAAUGGCAAGAUCAUUGUUGGGGCAGGCGCUGGCAUCGGACUCAGCGCAAAAUUCAUCGAAGCAGGUGGCGGCGACCUCAUCAUCAUAUAUAACAGCGGAAGGUAUCGAAUGGCAGGCCGCGGUUCGUUAGCUGGUUUGAUGCCAUAUGGAAACGCUAAUGAUGCUGGCGAAGUUCUUCCCAUCGUCAAAUCUACGCCGGUACUAGCUGGCGUAUGCGCUACAGACCCAUUCCGAGACAUGUCUCGCUUCUUGAAGCAACUUAAAGACCUCGGGUUCGCUGGUAUCCAAAACUUUCCGACUGUCGGAUUGAUUGACGGAAUCUUCCGGCAGAAUCUCGAAGAGACGGGGAUGUCUUACGAUGCCGAAGUGGAAGUCAUGAAGAUGGCGCGAGAGAUGGAUCUCCUAACGACACCGUACGUGUUCAAUGUCGAAGAGGCGAAGAAGAUGGCGAACGCAGGCGCAGAUAUCCUGGUCGCUCAUAUGGGACUUACAACGAGCGGAAGUAUCGGGGCGAGCAGUGGAAAGAGCUUGGAUGACUGCGUUAAGCUGAUUCAGGAGAUCCGCGAUACUGCAACGAGCAUCAAAGAGGACGUCAUCAUUCUGUGUCACGGCGGCCCAAUCGCAAAGCCAGAGGAUGCGGAAUAUGUGAUCAGCAGAACAAAGGGCGUACAUGGCUUCUAUGGCGCAAGCUCUAUGGAACGCUUGCCGGUCGAAGACGCGAUAACCAACAUCACGAAAACGUUCAAGGGUUUAAAGCCUGGGUCCUCUGCAUAG